CUCCCGCCGCGGGUCAGAGCCCGGCGGCCUCGCGGCGACAUGGCGGCCGGCCACCGCCUCCUGCUGGAGAACGCGCGGCAGGUGGUGUUGGUGUGCGCCCGCGGCGAGCGCUUCCUGGCUGGGGACGCGCUGCGCAGCCUGGCGGUGCUGGAGGGCGCCAGCCUGGUGGUGGGCAGUGAUGGGUUUAUAAAAGCGAUUGGUCCUGCUGAUGCUAUCCAAAGACAGUUUGCUGAAGAAACUUUUGAAGAAAGAAUUGACUGCUCUGGGAAAUGUAUCCUACCAGGUUUGGUGGAUGCGCACACCCAUCCCGUCUGGGCCGGUGAAAGAGUUCACGAGUUUGCGAUGAAGUUGGCAGGAGCCACCUACAUGGAUAUUCACCGGGCUGGAGGAGGAAUCAACUUCACCGUGGAGCGCACGCGCCAAGCCUCGGAGGAGGAGCUUUUCAGCUCCUUGCACCAGCGGCUGCAGUGCAUGCUGAGGGCUGGGACCACCCUGGUGGAAUGCAAGAGCGGAUACGGCCUCACCUUGGAAUCGGAGCUCAAGAUGCUGCGCGUGAUUGAGUGCGCCCGGCGCGAGCUGGACAUGGGCAUCUCGGCCACCUACUGCGGGGCUCACUCGGUGCCCAAAGGAAAAACUGCCGCGGAAGCUGCUGCUGACAUUGUCAGUAACCACCUCCCAAAGCUGAAAGAACUUGGCAGAAAGGGAGAAAUACACGUAGACAAUAUAGAUGUGUUCUGCGAGAAGGGUGUCUUUGACCUUGAGUCCACCAGAAGGAUUCUUCAGAGUGGAAAAGAGAUCGGGCUGCAGAUUAACUUCCACGGGGAUGAACUUCACCCAAUGAAGGCCGCCGAGCUUGGGGCUGAACUGGGAGCCCAAGCCAUCAGCCACCUGGAGGAAGUGAGUGAUGAAGGCAUCGCGGCCAUGGCAAUGGCCAGGUCCUCUGCCGUCCUCCUGCCCACCACGGCCUACAUGCUGAGACUGAAGCAGCCUCAAGCCAGGAAGAUGCUAGAUGAAGGUGUAAUAGUCGCUCUGGGCAGCGAUUUCAACCCUAACGCCUACUGUUUUUCAAUGCCACUAGUCAUGCACUUGGCCUGUGUCAACAUGAGGAUGUCCAUGCCUGAGGCUUUGGCUGCUGCCACCAUCAAUGCUGCUUAUGCCCUGGGAAAGUCUCACACACAUGGAUCUUUGGAAGUUGGCAAACAGGGAGAUCUCAUUGUCAUCAAUUCAUCCAGAUGGGAGCAUUUGAUUUACCAAUUUGGAGGACAUCAUGAAUUAAUUGAAUAUGUUAUAGUUAAAGGAAAAGUCAUCUAUAAAAAGUGAUAGAUCUGAAGGAAAAAAAAGACACCUCCACUGCAUCCAGGAAGCCAAUAGGUUAUAGUAAAAGUUAGAUACUGCAGUAGCUUAUCAGAACCACGUCGCCUAAACCUGAAUAUAUUCCGGUGUUUUGUUAAUCCACCUCAGAAACCCAAGGGGUUGUUUUAUUUAACAUGUGCACCUGGACUUAUGAACAGAUAAUGAACGUGAUGAUGUUAUGAAAACACAUUAUCUCACCAGGAUCGAUUGCAAACAAUCUGAAAAUUAACAGAAGCAGGCUUGGCUUGACAUUUCCACUUUAUGUCUGUAUUUCAAAUCUCAGCUUUUAGACCAUGUCUAGGGCACACUGGGGGAAGGAAGGAAAUCCAAGUGACAGGCCCCAGAGUGAGGUGAAACAGAGCCUUCUCUCAGUAAACAAACAGUACUUCCUUUCCCUACGCACUUGGCCUUCCUAGAUGCUUGUCCGGCAAAUUCGCCUCCCCCGAGGGAGUCCUUCCAUCCUGAGUAUCUUUUCAACCUUGACAAUGAAGCUUCACAACACAGUCCAUGUUCUGUUUUUUUUUUUUUUUUUUUUUUUUUUUUUUUUAACACAGGGGCUUUCCUACAGUGGAUGCAUUUUGACCUACCCCAAUGAUGUAAUUUUUAACAAUUGUUUCCAUGUUUUUGAUUCUUCACAUUACAAUUGUAUAAAAAAGAUUUUCCAGCUCUCAAUAAAUGUUUGCUUUCACUA